CGAUCCGUCUUCCUCGCCGGCUCCAUCGAGCAAGGCAAAGCCGUGCCCUGGCAGGCGGAUAUGAUCCACCAGCUCUCGCACAUCGAGUGCACGAUCUUCAACCCGCGGCGAGACGACUGGGACCCGAAUUGGGAGCAGCGGAAGAGCAACCCGCUGUUCAAGGAGCAGGUCGACUGGGAGCUGGACUGCCAGGAGCGCGCGGACGUGAUCGCGAUGAACUUCGACCCGAAGACGACGAGCCCGAUCACGCUGCUCGAGCUCGGGCUGUUCGCGGACGCGCGGGCGGCCGAGGGCAAGAAGCUCGUCGUCUGCUGCCCGGACGGGUACUUUCGGAAGGGGAACGUGGAGAUCGUGUGCGACAGAUAUGGGAUCGAGAUGGUCGAGAGCUUUGAGACGCUGGUGAAGAGGGUGCAGGAGAGAUUGGCCGAG